UUGCGAUUCCAGUUUCCAUACUAAGAAUAACUCUCAACAACCAGUCCCUGAUUGUUUAAGGAACACACAUCCUUCGCAGUGUCGAGCGUUAUGUCUUGUUCACGCAUAAAACCCCAUCCCCAAAUACAUGGAUCUGAAAUUAAAAUGAACUGGCUUCAAAGAAGAUUGAUUCAACCUGUACAACAACUCUACCCAGCUUUGCAGCUGACAGUUGUCAGAUAUAGAUACCAUGCCGAAAAGGUAGCUCAGGGUCCUCUGAAAAGAAGAUACGGAUAUAAAGAGAAAAUCCUGCAGAAAGGAACAUUACCUCAUGUUGAUGGCAGGAGGCUUCCAAUGCCUGAAUACAAACCAAAAAAUGCCUGGAGCGAGAGACGAGCAUUAUUUGGUCAAAAUGAUUAUAUAGAUAUUCUUGGAAAUGAGAAACUUCAUCCAACAAGGAUCUUGUACAAUGUUCCGUCUUGGCUCCGUGGUGUUAGUGGGAAUGAAUAUCGAAUUUUGCUUCGAAAGAGGAAAAUGCUGCAGCAUGGUAUUUUUCCAAUUGCAAGACCAACGAAGUGGUAUGAAUUGGAGAAAAGAAUACGAUACUUGUAUAGAUUUAUGAACAGAAAAACAAAAACGUAUGCUUCAAAUAGUUGAUCUUGUGCUGUAUUUACUGUAUUUCAGAUUAUGUAUUUGUGCGUAACAGUCUAGCAUGACAGUAUUCCGAGACAUACUGCAUUAAAAAAUGUUAAUACUUACAAGUUAAUUAUGAUACUGUUGUAAACGUCAUUAUCCUCUGAAUAACAAUGCAUACAGUAGCAGUAUUUGUUGUGUAUUGGGAGAAUAAUUCUUGUACAUUACACCUAAAUAAAUAAUGUGUGCUGUUGUUA